AUGAACGGCUCUUCAGAUACAAAUUCUCUAAAAAAUAAGCUAUUAGAGCUAGGAUUUAAAGAAAAUGUAAUCGCAAUUGCACUUUGGCAGACCGAUAAUAUAAGUGAAGCAAUCCAAUGCAUUUUAGAUGUCACCGAAAAAGGCCGAAGUCAAAUUCCAGCGAAAGAUUAUUACUUCCUGCAGCUUCGCGAAAUGGGAUACCCUUUAGACGCUGUCAGCAAAGCUGCUGAAAAGCCAUCACUUACAGAAGCACUUGAUUUUCUCAACAAUCCUCCAGAAAUAAAUCAGGCUCCUAAAAAGCGUGCCCAUGAAGCUGCUGAAAAGCCAUUGCCUAUAAUAUUUUUCAAAAAACCCUCACUCCCCUCCAUGACUGAACAAAAACAUUUAUAUAUAAAUUUUAUAAUUAAAAAUGUUUUUUCGAAAAUUUAAAAAAAAUCCCAAUUGAAAACUAAUAUUAAUUUAACUUGUAAAGUUAUCUUUUAAAAUACAAUUUGUUUAAAAUUCGACUGAAUUAACGAUAGAUUUCAUUAUGCUAAUUAGCACUUAUAUCAAAAUAUUUUUUUAUAAAAUUUUUAUUCGUUCACGGAGGGUGGAUAUUAGGCAAAAAAUAAGCAUUUUUCUAAUGGUUUUGUUCGCUCACGGAGGGACAAGUCAAGAAAAAAAUCAAGUCCUUGAACAGCCUGCCAAAAAUUCAGCUUCGAUGAGUGAUGCAGAAAAAUUUUUACACAUAGGACUUGCAAUUUUUAAUAAUUUUCAAGAAGAAAAUAAAGUUCCUAAAAAGCCUGCCGAACCAAAUAGCGCCUUUCAUAAAAUUAUCAAUAUUGUUGAAGAUAUAGGAGAUCGAUUGUUUUGUAAAGGUGGGCCAGUUGAUACUUACGCCCAGAAACUGAAGCAGCAAGGGAAAUCUUUAGAGACUGCUUUUAAUGAAAUAAAAAGAAAUAUCAUCAGAAGAGGAUGUCAGGAAAGACCAAGAAAUGAGGAUAUUCAAGAUUUUUCUCCUGAAGAAAUAAAGGCAGCAAGAGAGGAGUCAAAAGAAGAUAUCUUGCAUCCAUAUUUAUACUCAGAACAGAUAAAUGAAGACUUCCCAAUUGAGGAGCAAUUUGCUGAUUGGGAAGAACCUAUAAAUCAGAAUUUACUUCAGGAGCGACAAAAUAUAAAUGAAGAAAUCCCAUUUGAAGAGCAAGAUGCUUAUCAUGAAGGUGAUAACUAUCAAUAUAUAUCUCCUGAGCCAAUAAUUAUCAAUGGAAAUGUAUUUCCUCCGCGUUCUCAACUUUAUAUAUUGAAUAUUUUAGAAAGUUAUUAUCGCCCAAAUGGGAUUUCUGAAAGUAAUAUGAAAAAACUUAGAGAAAUCAGAUACCAGGCUGGGACGAGUCCUGAUACUUGCGCAAUUUGUAUGGAAGCCUUUACUGCUAAUGAGUUCCUACAAAAGUUGCCAUGCAAUCAUUGCUUUCAUAAUGAUUGCAUAAAGAAGUGGCUAAAAAUGAGUGCCAAGUGCCCUCUCGAUCUUUUAGAUAUAUAA